AUGCAUUUGCCCUCUAUAAUCAUCUACAGCUUGGCAUUUCUCCUUGGCACAACUGGCAAUGGGCUGGUGAUCUAUGUGACAGGUUUCAACAUGAAGAAGACAGUGAAUGCUGUUUGGUUCCUCAACCUUGCGGUGGCAGAUUUUCUUUUCACAGCUUUUCUGCUUUUCAGCAUCGUCAAUUUGUAUAAAGAGUUUGACUGGCCCUUUGGAGAGUUCCUGUGCAAACUCAACACCCUGGUUGGGGCACUCAACAUGUUUGCCAGCAUCUUCAUCCUGACAGCCAUUAGUCUUGACCGCUGCCUGGCUACAUGGGUGGUUGUGUGGGCCCAGAACAAGCGCACACCACGCAAGGCUGAGAUAAUCUGCAUUAUCAUCUGGGUAGCUGCCUUAGUAUGCAGUCUCCCCUUCCCUCUCUUCCGGGUCGUCAAAAUCUACAAUACCACCAACUGGAGAGUAUGCCAGUAUGAAUUUCCCAAUGGUUUACAGACCUACAAGCAGCUGAUAAUCUUUCGCUUUGUUGUGUGUUUCCUCAUCCCCUUCCUGAUCAUCGUGGGGUCAUACUUGGCUAUUUGUGUGCGGAUCAGAUCCCUCCACAGAGAGAGGACCUUCAAGUCCAUCCGAGUCAUCCUGGCCGUGAUCCUGGCCUUCUUUGUCUGCUGGCUUCCCUUUCACGUCUUUCAAUUUCUGGAUCUAAAGAGUAAAUUACAACCCGGUUCAAUCCCCAAUGAGGCUGUUGUGAAUGUAGGGUUGACAGUGUCCUCCAGCUUGGCCUUCUUCAAUAGCUGUCUAAACCCAUUUCUGUAUGUCUUCAUGUGCAAGGACUUCAAGAAUAAGUUCCGUAAGUCAUUCCAGGCAGUCCUGGAAGGGGCUUUCUCAGAGGAUUUCUACUACUUCAGAAAUUCACGCAGGUCUCAGUGCUCCCGCAGUUCCCUGUCAACGGGAAUGGAGCACAGAAACCAUACUGCCACCUCACUAGUCUGA